AUGGCUCCUCAACAGUCGGCAGUCGGAAAAAACAUCCAAACCGAAACGAGUGAGCUCGAGUUGUCCUCCCAGACGGCUCCGACAUCUCCUUUGUUGGAACAGCGAAUCGACCGACAUGAUUCUGACCUCUCGUUCAUCAAGGAAAUGCUCCAGAAGAUCCUUCGCAACCAAACCCUUGGCGUCGCUCCCAACUCCGAUUCCGUUCCUACCUGGUUUCACAGCCCACUCUCAGGAACUCCACCACACCAACAGACGACGACACCACAGAUUGGUUCUACCAGUCAACCUACAGCGGGGAUUCUUCCAAACCCAGAACAGGGAUCUCACCUCAAACCGGCGCCUUUGCAGUUUUCGGCUCCUCUACCAGAGCAGCAGGCUGCGUCGCAGGAUUACAUACCGGAAUACCCAAACCGUCAGAUGGAGUUACCCUUGUUCGAAGGUAAGAGUCCUGAAGACUGGCUUUUUCGGUUAGAGAAAUGUUUUGCGAAUAGGGGAACACCGGAAUAUGCUAAGAUAGAUUUGGCGAUAUCUUGUCUUACCGGCUCCUCCGUGACUUGGUGGAGAAUGGCUUAUGGGAGACAACGAAUCGGUAGUUGGAAGGACUUCAAGGAUAAGUUCAAAGUGAGGUUCAAGCCGAGUAGAGGGUUGUCGGCGUUAGAUCAGCUCCUGAGUAUUCACCAGAAGGGUAGUGUGGAAGAAUACCGAGAACAAUUUGAGGAGAUAGCAGUGGAGCUUCCUCAUGUCUCUGAUGAUGUACUGGAGUCAGCUUUCCUCAGGGGUUUGCGCAAGAAUAUCAGAGACCAAGUGGUGCGUUGCAGGCCUUUCGAUCUGGCAGAAAUAGUGGACAAUGCAAGGAUGAUAGAGCAUCAAGAGAGUGAGAAUACUAGCCUGCAACCGAGGACAGUGGUCAGGUCUUUUUAUUCUCCUACACACGGCCAAGGAGCAAAUUCUUCACGACCAGUGGACCAUGCCCAAGGGAAACGGCCCAUGGAGAACAACAAGGAUCUCAAAAGAGCCACUGGGGGUACCGAGUCUCGCAACACCAACCCUUGUAGACACUGUGGUGACCGGUGGUUUCCUGGCCACCGCUGUAAGCCUCAACAGAAGCUGAAAUGUCUGGAGGUAGCAGAGGAUGAAGAACAAUACUGUGAUGCAGUCGAAGAACAUCACACUCAAGAAGUGCUGGAAGCUGAUGUGGAAGAGAUACAAGAGUAUGAAGUUCUCUCUAUGAGUUCUAUGUCCGGACUAACAGAUGAGAAAUCCAUGCGUAUGAUGGGAAAACUAGUGGACAAGGAUGUCGUGGUGUUGGUGGACUCUGGUGCCACUAGAAGUUUUGUGGAUUAUGGGUUGGUGAAGGAACUAGGACUUACCAUUUCUACCACACGAGCUUUUGGAGUACGAGUGGGAGGUGGUAGAGUACUUAAAGGAAAAGGGAGAGUAUCGGGUACAUUGCUGGGGAUACAAGGAGUAGAAAUCAUGGAGGAAUUGUUGGUGAUUGAGCUUGGUAGCACAGACGUGGUGUUGGGGUAUUCCUGGUUAGCUACCUUGGGAGACACCAGGAUAAACUGGCUGAAAAGAACUUUGAGCUGGAAGAUUGGUGCGCAUUGGGUGACCAUUGUAGGCGAUCCCUCAUUAAGCAAGGAACCAAUAUCCCUUAGGUCCAUGGAAAGAGUUAUACAGCACAAAGGGGAAACCUAUCUGCUAGAAUUAACGACUCUGUUUGAGGGACAAGUACCACAGGACAAGAAAAUUCCAGAGGUUGCAGAAAUUCAGGAGUUGGUGAACAAAUUCAAAUCAGUUUUUGCGAUGCCUCAAUGUCUUCCUCCUCAACGUAACAGAGAGCACGCCAUUAACCUCCAAUCUGGUACUGCUCCCAUCAACUUACGCCCUUACAGGUGCUCAUUUAUUCAGAAGAAUGAAAUUGAGAAACUGGUGCAAGAAAUGUUGAAUGCUCAGGUUAUCAGACCUAGUGUCAGUCCUUACUCCAGCCCCGUUUUGUUAGUGAAGAAGAAGGAUGGUGGAUGGCGUUUCUGUGUAGAUUACAGAGCCUUGAACAAGGCUACCAUCCCGGAUAGAUAUCCAAUCCCUGUCAUUGAGGAGCUGUUGGAUGAGCUGCAAGGUGCAACAGUCUUUUCUAAGCUGAUUUGA